AUGGAGUUCAAAAGCGUGUCUGACCUGUCCCGCAGGGAUCUUCUGCAGAACAACGGCUUUGUGAGUGGACAACAGAUCUCGGGGAUCGAUGGGAAGACAUUCGACGUCAUCACCUCGACAACGUUGGAGACUCUGGCAACCCUGCCCGAGAUGGGGGCUGAAGAUACCCGUAAAGCCAUUCAAGCAGCAGCGGAGAUGACAUAUGGGGCCUCAUUCCUCGAGUGGUUUGCCGGCGAGGCGGAGAGGACAUACGGCCAAGUCGUCCCCGCAGCCAACACCGGACCACGCAUCUUGACUAUCCAGCUGCCCCUAGACGUCCAGAAGAUCAGCUUCAACGGGAGCACCCGCGUCUGGAAGCUACUUGCUCAGCAGUGCCGUCAAACGCUCAAACGAACAAAGCUCUCUCUCGAACUUGACAGUAAUAGCCCGUUCAUCGUAUCCGAUGACGCAGACCUUGAUCGGGCGGUUGAGAUUCUGAUGCUCGCGAAAUUUCGCAAUUCCGGGCAAACCUGUGUGACGGCCAACCGGGUAUUUGUUCAGAAGGGCAUCUAUGACAAGUUCUCUUUGAAGGUGAAAGAAAGGAUGCAAUGCAUCAAGGUUGGCCCUGGGAUUCAAGCAGGUGUCAACGUUGGGCCAUUGACGCAUCAAGCCGGGCUACAGAAGGUCUUGUCACACAUAAAAGGUCUGGGUCAUGUUACUUCUGAACAUAAGGUAUUGUCAAGUGUCAACUAUGUGACAGAUGCAAAACGUCUCGGCGGCGAUGUCAUUCUAAGAGGUUCUUCGCUACCUUGA